AUGCAGAGCCCUUUUGAAGAUAAGGAGGCUUUAGCUGAUAUCUUUACUUAAGUAAAAGAUGUAGAUGAACAAAUAUUUGGUGUCAUAUUAGAAAUAUUUAGAAAGGAAAAAGUUUAAGACUGCAUUGGAUAUCUUUCAGAUAUUGAGAAUCAUAGACAUUUAGAAUAAUCAAUAUUUCAACAACUAGAAUACUUAAAACAAGUCGAUGAGGAUUAGAAACUGCAUGAUGUAAGGAAUAAAAUCAACAAAAUUAAAAAUGUCUUUAAAAAAUUAAAUGAUCAUGAUUUCAAUAACAAAGACUUUUCAACCGAAGAAAAUUAUGAAUCUACUCUAAAUCUAAUUAAAAGAAUAAGGGAAGAGGGAUAGACCAUGAAAUUCCUGAAAUUUUUAGUUCACCUCAAAGCAAUAGAUGAUCAAUUUAUCCAAUGCGGAUCAAAUUCACUAUACUUAUUAGUUGAAAUGAAGACAGAUUUGACAAAAAAGAAUUUUGAAAAUAUAAAGAUUAAAAACACCUAGUUGAUUGGAGCUAAUUUUUUCAGAUGUAAUUUGAAUGGAUCUCAUUUGGAAAAUGUAGAUAUAAGUGGAAUGAACUUAAAUGGUGCCUAUUUGUAUUAUUGUAAAUGGAAAAACAUAAAAAUUAAUGAAUAAAAUAUUACUGUUUGUCGGGGGAGAAGUGUCAAAUCUGUAUGUUUUUCUCCUGAUCGCAUCCUUUUAAAUGAUAUAAAAACAGGAUAUUAGGAAUUUAAGGUUGAUAAUCAUAGUGAUUGGGUGAUUUCGGCAUUUUUCUCUCCUGAUUGCAAAACAUUAGCCUCUUGUAGUAAGGAUAAGUCUAUUUUGUUAUGGGAUCUUUAGGCUGGAUAACAAGUAUUGAAAUUUGAUGGUCAUAGUGAUUGGGUUUAUUCAAUUUGUUUCUCUCCUGAUGGCACAACAUUAGCUUCUUGUAGUAAGGAUAAGUCUAUUCUUUUAUGGGAUGUUAAAACAGGAGAAUAAAAAGCAAAAUUAGAUGG